GAGGAACAGGAGAAAAACGUGAACAAUGAAGAUGACGAGAUGAAAUCAAGCUUUUCCAGUACCGCGGAAUAUUCGUGGCAGCAAGAACUGUAUAACGAUGCCAAGGACCAGCUGACGAAAGUGGAGACGGCACUGCAGGAAGGCAUAGAUAAUAGGGAUUUCAUUAUCAAUCAUAGCAAUUGUAAAAAUGAGGCAUACCAAGAAGCGAAAAGUUCUCCCCUCCCUAUACGACUACCAGGAGAAAAUACAAUAGUUAAGGAUGUGGCGGAACUUGUAAUGGGUGAAACUGAGGGAGUUAAUUCGAUACUUCCUUCUAGUUGUUGUGCAGGAGGAUGUAAUUUCUUGUGUUGGAGGGGGAGUGAUGUCUCAGUAAUAUCUGCUGUAUUGAUAGUUGGGGUGGUGAGUUCAUUUAUGAUCAUGCAUCAAUGUCAGAGGAAAGGGAGAGGUCAGAUGGGAGAAUGUACUCAAGAUAUAUGA